GGUGGCUUCGUCUCCAAGCUGGACUUGCUGGACUUUUGGGUCAUCACAGUGAUGACCUUCCUACAGGCAGCCGGGAUCGUCCAUGGUCCUGAGGUUGAGAAGGCAGUCCGCUCUAUUCCUAUUUCAAUCCCUGGCGGCUCCAAACGACGGGGGCCGCUGGGAUUGAUAACAAUGGUCCAGUUCCUGCUGUUUAUUUUUGUACGUGUAGUCCUUGUGUUGGCCCUCUUUAUACUUGGGCCUUUGGUCAUGAUCGCAGUUGCGCUAUUGGUUCUUUACUCCCACUACUCCGACUACUCCAGCACCUCGGACGAAGAAGAUCCUGAGAUAGAAAACUUCACUCCAGCACUUGUCGGCAUGUGCAUCCUAAUUGUUGUCCAAGGAUGUGUCUUACUUUACAGAUGCAUCUGGUUAGUGGCAAGGAAGAAUACAGUGCACAGAGUUGUCACCGCAUACGGGUUCCAUGGCGACACCAAAAGACUCAUCUGGGGUUACUUUAACAAGACCAUGGCCUGAUGCUGCAGUGACCUAUACUUCGUCCAAGGGAGGAACCUCAUCACGUACGCUGCGGAGCUGAUGGAAUCCAAGUCAUUCAAUGACUGCGAUGCCGGGGUACGCAUCAUGGACAAGCUCAUCACUGCUGCUGAUGCUGCAGGGACGGAGAAAGUGGAGGAACACACCGAGCGGCUCAUGCUGGUCAAGCAGCUGUUCAGGUCAGCAUCAUCAUCUAGCCACCUGCUCAAGAAUUUGCUGCGGAUGCUGCUGGAUCAUCCGAGAAGAAGCAGAGAGAUGAGGCAGUGCACCGCAAGGCUGGUGUGGCAUCUCAUUGAUGACAUCAGUUUGGAGCAGUUCCCGUGGGGUGUCCAGUGCAUAUCUUCCCUCCUCAUCGCCUCCUCAUCUGACUCCGAUCAUCCACAGAAAGGUGCCAGGACGAUACGUGGACACAGAGAGCUGGUGCUGCAAGGGCUGUGUAUCUUGAGUGAGCUGGCCAUGGACCAGGGCAGCUGCAGGGUCAUGAGCCACACGGAUGGCCUGAUCUACCAGGUCAUGAGGCCUCUGAGCUCUGACCUGCUCCACUUGACGGAUCAUGCCGACGUAUUGUCGUCCCAGGUAGUAGACGCAUCCUUGCAGGUGGAGUGCCGUUGGCUCAGUACAACUGCUCCCGGUGACGACGAUGCAAACCUCUGCACUCAAAUCUUAAGCAACCAGGAAGCGAUGAGCGGCAUAUAUCAUAUCGUCACGUGCUGCCAAUGUGGCGAAGAGCGCCGUGUACUGGCGAUGAAGAUUCUCACACUAGUAGGCGUCGAAGACACAGCAAGUACCAUCGAGAUGCUGCUCGGCAUCAUUCUCACUGAUGACAACCACAUCACUACCAGAGGCAGAGGGCUAGCACUGGCUGGGGAGAAUCUCCGGGCGCUUUGUUUUGAGAGCGCAAGCAAUGCCAAGAUCAUCUCACAGAAAAACUAUGGUGAAGAUGAUGCUGUUGAUAUCCUUAGUGCAACAGUACUUGCACCACAUGAUGACGAGACCCAAGAAGGCAGGAUAGCCGUAAUCGCAGCAGCGGGGAUUCUCGAGGGCCUGUGUAGUCAUUACAACAAGGAAGAUGGGUGUUUCGAGGGCCUGAGGAAAGCCAUGGCAGAUUUGAUGCCAAAGGAAACCAACCAAGCUCGAUCAGUUAACUAUUUCUUUGUUCCAUAUGUGCUUCUUCAACAUCAGAGCUUACCAAACUAGCCUAAGUAGCUCAUAGCUACUCACAUACUGUAUAUAAUACAUUAUUAAUUUCAGGUCCUUAGAAAAAUACUUUCACCUCCUGGCAAGUUGCCACUACGAAGGGACAAAGUAGCAAACAUUGUCGCGCGGGACACUGACAUAGAAGAAGGAUCGCAUAAUCAAAACAGCACACAACACACCCAAAUCCGCCGUAAGCACCAAACUGGGGAUAACAAAGUGCAGGUAGCCUUGUUAUCCCUUUGCCUAAGGGUGUACGAUAAAAUGAUCAAUGCUGAAGAUCUGGCUACCAUGCUUGCUGAUGUUGCCUCCGGGCAAGACAAUUUGCUUAGCUUCCCGAGGAGGCUCGGCAAGAUGGUACAGGAGCACGGCAAAAGCUGCAACGCGGUCGA